UUUUCAGAGACGUUAUGUCGAAGUUUACGGAAGCCGUUGAAAAAACUACAUCCUGUUUCCACACGGACCCGGAAGUUGUCCUGAUUCCGCGGGUCUUUUGGGACAACGCAGCUCUACACAACAGUGUGCAGAAAUGGCGGGCGUAAAUACUAUGGAGAAAAAACUGGCUGAAUACAAGUGUGACACCAACGAAGCUAUAUCCUUGAAACUGGUUCGUUUCCCAGAGGAUGUUGAUGAUGAUGGCACAACAUUCCACCCUGAGUACAGCCACCAGCUUUUUGGGGACGAUGAGGUUGCUUUUGGAUACAAAGGUCUUCAGAUACAGCUCUUCUACACUGCUGGAAACCUGAGCACCCUCUUCAAAGUGAAAUAUUCCUCAAAAGUCACUGAGGCAUUUGAUUGUGUGGAGCCCGAUGACGUUGAAGGGAAGAUUCGGGAAAUUGUGCCUGCCGGGUUCACCUGCAACACUGAUGACUUCAUCUCACUGCUGGAGAAGGAGGCCAAUUUUAAGCCCUUUGGCACCCUGCUUCACACGUACACAGUCCACAGCGAGGAGGCUGGAGAGCUCACAUACCAGAUUCACAAGGCUGAUAUUACCUGUCCGGGAUUCCAAGAGUACCACGAGCGCCUGCAGACCUUCCUCAUGUGGUUCAUAGAGACCGCCAGUUUCAUCGACGCAGACGACGAUCGUUGGGACUUCUUUCUUGUAUUUGAAAAGUACAAUAAAGAUGGGGAGACUCUCUACGCAACUGUUGGCUACAUGACAGUUUAUAAUUACUAUGUGUACCCAGACAAAACCCGACCACGUGUAAGCCAAAUGUUGAUCCUGCCUCCGUUCCAAGGAGAGGGGCAUGGAGCUCAGCUUCUGGAGGCAGUGCACAGGUUUUACUGCAGCCUGCCCAAAGUGCAAGACAUCACAGCUGAAGAUCCCUCUGAGAACUACGUGAAGCUGAGAGACUACGUGCUGGUCAAGCUCUGUCAAGGCCUGCCAUCCUUCGCUGCAGACAAGCUGCACCUCGGCUUCUCAGAUGAAAUGGUCAAAGAGGCCCAAGACAAGUUGAAAAUUAACAAGAAACACGCGCGGCGAGUGUACGAAAUCCUGCGUCUGAGAGCAACAGACAUGAGUGAUGAAGACAAAGCGAGAGAGUACCGUCUGGAGGUGAAGAAGAGGCUAUUUGGACCCUACAGGAAGAACCAGAGGGAGCUGGCAAAGAUGAGGAAGUGCCUGCGGCCGGAGGAGCUGGUGUCCCACAUGGGUCAGAUGGACACUCAGACGCAGCACGAGGAGCUGGAGAAGAGUUAUCAGGUGGUUGUGGAAGAAUACAGGAGAAUCAUUGAGAGGCUUGCGUCGCAGGCCUGAUCAGACUCUGAGAUGCUGCUGGACUGGAACCCAUCCUCUCAACAUACAGGUGGUCUGUCGUGUCUUUACAAAGCCCACAUCACCACAGACUUUAGCUGCGACCAAGAAGAAACUUACAGUUUUAAUUAAAGCGUGUUACAAGUGUUAUUGUGGCUGAGACGGGUGAUAGGUUGCGGAGGGGAAAGACCUGUCUGUUUUCCCAGCUGAUGUUGAUACAGUAGACGAGAAUCGGGGCAGCUGGAGGGUGAGACUUCCUGUUUUUCCCCCCACGUCUUUAAUCACAUUGUGUGAGAUUAACUGAUACGUAAUAUUUCACAGGUGAUAGGAGGUCCACUACCCUGCAGAGGAUCCCCGCCUCUCCUCCAUCGUUGACCUUUUGACAAAACAAUUCCUGAUGUUUGUUUUGAAGCACUUCAUACUGAAAAUAAAAAAAAAUUGUUUUGUAAA